UACGAAUUGUAGGUUAUAUGUACGCACAGUGUAUGUCACUGAUAAAACAUUUUUCAAUUGCUGUGUUUGUAACAUGAAAUUGAAUUUCUGAAAUAUAUUUGCAAUGACAGAAACUGAAUUGAAUGGAACAGCAUCCCGCGAUAAUCCAUUCGCUAAAUUAAAAAUAUUGGACAAUGAUUUCUUAAAUCAAAUUGAGGACCGAUUUCCCUGUUCUAAGUGUCGUAAAUCAAGGAAAUUCUUUUGCUACAGCUGUUUUGUGCCCGUCGAUAGAUUGGCUAAUAGAUUACCGAAUGUUGAGGUUCCGCUGUUCAUCGAUAUAAUCAAGCACAAAAAUGAAACUGAAGGCAAAAGCACUGCUGCCCAUGCUGCUAUAUUAGCUCCAAAAUAUGUCACCGUGUACGAGUAUCCAACGAUACCAGACUAUUCGAAGGAAGACGGUGUUGUUCUCAUAUUUCCGAGCCAUAAAAGUACGGAUGUGCAAUCAUUGUUCUCAGACAACGUUCAAGCGAAUAAUUUUGAACUUCCCAAGGGACACAACAUGGGCACACUGCUGAAACGUAUUCCAGUCGGACAGUGCCGUACGGAGAAUGAAAAAAGCUCGGAAAACAAUCGAUCGUGCGAACUGCCCAUAAAAAAAGCUGUCUUCAUCGACAGCACCUGGAAUCAAAGCCGAUCAAUUUACAAAGACGAAAACAUUAGUUCGCUGCGGUGUGUGGUGCUGCAGAAUCGACUAUCCCAAUUUUGGCGUCAUCAGAAAGAUAGUCCACGAUGGUAUUUGGCUACCAUUGAAGCUAUACACCAGUUUCUGAUUGAACUGCACAUCAACGCUUGGGGUAUAGACGAGACGUACUUGGGUUUUGAAAAUUUAGGAUUAAAUAUGAGCGCGAUUUGUGAUAGAACUAAAAGAAAUACGAGGCGAACAGACGAUGCAUCCGCAGAAGCGUCAAUGGUAGGUGUACCUUAUAAUGGUCAAUAUGAUAAUUUGUUAUUCUUCUUUACUCACAUGUACAAACUGAUUCAUUCGUAUUAUGAUCAUAAUAAACUGAAGGCUUACAAGAGACCAGUUAAUUGAACCAA